AUGUCACUGCCUAAAAACAUUUUCAUUAUAUUCUUUUUGAGAUCGGUUUUGUCUAAGCCUGACACAAUAAUUAAACAGUUGACAUCUGAACUAAAUAUAAAAACGCAUAUUUUCUUCAGUUCUACAGUGGAAACUCUUGAAGAACUGUCUUUGGAUAACUAUCAACCUAAAUUGUUAAUUUAUAAAAACAUUAGCGUAGAGUUAAAAACCUAUCACGACGAUCCAGUUCUUGCUAUAGUACAGCUCGAAAAGGACUUAAACUUAAAUCUGGAAGCGGUGCAGUUGUUGAGAUUGUACCUCAAAGAUAGGCAAUACAACGAUAUAUUGCUCAUAGAUGAAGAGACCGGAAAUGACAAAAGUUAUUUGCAAAUUUGUAAAGCUUUCUGGGUAGCAGGCUUUCCACAUGUUCUAAUAUACAAUUUACAAGAACAACUUUGGACAAUCAAACCCUAUCCUUAUCUGGAGAUAAAGUCUACUAACUUAACUGAGUAUGUGAUGAAUAGAAAUAACCGAAAUUUAAUGGGUUAUCCCCUGCGAGUAUUAGUGACUAAUGAUCCACCUCAUUGCUUUGUGGAUGAAGAAGAGCUACCCAAUUCCCCGAAUCGCUAUAAAGGAAGUAUAAUUACUAUAUUGAAAAUAUUCGCCGAUCAACUCAAUGCCACUUUUCAAGCGAUGCCUUUUCCAGGACUUCGUCGCUAUUCCACAGCAGAAUGUGUGCAGAUGGUUAGGUAUAACGAAAUCGAUGCCUGUGGCAGUAUCUUUAUAAGGACCUACAAAUACGCCACCAGUCAACCAGUUCGCUUAAAUCGAGUGGUUAUAAUGGCACCAUUUGGCAACCCCAUCGAUAAGUUCUACUAUUUCUUUAGACCCUUUGACUUGAAUGUCUGGAUCGGAACUGGCAUGUUAGUGGUCUAUAUAUCGGCAAUGGGUUCUUUGCUCCAUCGCUGGCACUUCGAGGAAUGGGAUGUGGGUCAGUACCUCCUGCUGGCUAUCGAAACUCUUUUGAACCGGGCACUAUCUUUGCCGCAGUCUUCGAGUGGCUCCAAAUGGAUGCUACUGCUCUUGCUUUUUGUCAUUGGUUUUGUUUUAUCCAAUUUAUAUGUGGCCCUGCUCUCCAUGAUGUUGACCACCAAACUAUACCAGAGGCCCAUAGAAAACUUGGCUGACUUGAAGGCAGCCAAUGUGAAUAUACUGCUGCAAACGCACAACAUUGGACCAAAUUCUGUUUACGGAAGUUCAGAGGAACUGAGGGAAAGAUUCCUUCUGGUAGAAGAAUCCCUGCACAAGGAGAAAAGAGAUGCACUAGAUACAAGCUACGCCUAUGUGGACUCGGAAGAUAGAAUGGAUUUCUACCUAUAUCAGCAGAAAUUCCUGCGAAGGCACAGGAUGAAGAAGUUAACCAAUCCCGUGGGCUACACCUGGGCUGUUCAGGUCAUUCGACAAAACUGGGUGCUGGAGAGUUACUACAAUGAUCAUGUACAACGAUUGUUUGAGACUGGCCUGCAGCAUAAGCUGGUGGACGAUGUCCACGAGUUGGCCAUAAGAGCUGGCUUCCUUCACUUCUUUCCCACCCAAACACAAACUAUCGAACCCCUGCGACUCGGGGAUAUUGCGAUGGCUGCCAUGGUUCUGGGCGGCGGAAACGCCCUCGCCGGAAUCUGCUUCCUGGGCGAGCUGCUCGUCUAA